GUCGUUUGGCGGCGUUGUUUACUGCUAACCUAACCUUACUUUGUUUUUCUAAACAUUAACAUUUUCGGCGAUUGCUUUUAAACUCGUUUCCGUUUUUAAAUCAUGUCCGGAAUGGAAGGAAGGCACGUAGAACUGGUCGUCGAAGAAAAAAAGGACGACGCAGUUGACAGGCAAAAGGUCUGCCCAUUUCUGCUGCGGGUUUUCGUUUCAAAUACAGGCUAUCAUCACAAACCCUCGGAAUACCUUAAAGGAAACACACCUCAGAAUGAGCUGCAAAUUUAUACGUGGAAAGAUGCCACCCUGCAUGAGCUGACGCAGCUUGUGAAGGAGGUGAAUCCUGAGGCUAGAAGAAAGGGCACAAAGUUCAAUUUUGCAUUUGUGUAUCCCGAUAAUAGACAAUCUCUAUAUAGACUCAGAGAGGUAGGAUCAACAAUGACUGGUGUAAAGGGCCCUGAUGAUCUGAAGACUCUGGGACAACUAAGGAUAAACAUUGGCGAUUAUAUGGAUAUUGCAAUUACUCCCCCCGACAACUGGGGCAUGUCACGAAAAGGGUAUACUGGCAAUUUUAACCAUCGGCCUCGACCAUAUUAAGCAUUUUUAAAUUGUUUCAUUCAUCAUAGUUUACAAUUCAUAACUGUGUACAUAUUUUGUCUUAUUUUAAGUUCAUAUGAUGAUUCAAUAAAGUUUUAUACAAUUCAUUAGCACUUGUUGCAAAAUAUAUUUUCAGUGCACCUGAAUA